GUACAGUAUGUUGCGAUGAAGUUUAUCGGGGCUGUAGAAGUUAGCCAGAGACAUAUUACCCGCGCAUGCGCACAAAAGCACCAUCAGCUCUAAAUAAGAGUUACGAGAGAAACGAGGCAAAGAUGGGAGACACAUCUACCGGAAAUGGCCCUGCCACCGGUGCAGAUUUUGACAUGAUGAGUGCUCUUGACUGGAAGGAUGGCAUAGCCACACUGCCUGGGAGUGAUAUUCGGUUUCAGAUGACUGAAUUUGGCACCCUGGAGAUUGUCACAGAGGUGGGGCCUAAAGAAAAAGAGGAGGAGCCUACAGAUCCACAGCCUCAAACUAAAGCCAUCAACAAUAGCCAUACCCCUGAACAAAACAAACCUUCAGAUCAGACUGCAAUGCCUCAAUCAACUACAGAUCAUCAGACAAAUACUGUGGUUUCCACUGACCCCCACAGGCAGGCAGAAGCCGACAACACUAGGAGCCCCAGCAUGGAGGAAAGCCCCAGCGUGAGCACAGUGCCAAAUGCAGUGAUUGCUCCCUGCACUGAGGUGGCAAACUGCAGGUCCUGUGGUCACUCUGGUUCACGGGAGUCUUUCCUGCAGGGGAAAUUUUGCAGCGCUCCUUGUGUACAGCCUACCAGUGGCAGGUCAACCCCAGCUGAGGCAGUCGAAGGAGAGCGCUUAGGUAAACGUGUGAGGAAGAAGAAAAAGAUGUUUAUGGAUUGUGGGGAUGAAGAGGAGGACAACAUAGAGGAGGAAGAGGAGAAGAUUAAAUCUUCGAAGGGCAGAAGGACAGCUAAAAUAGCUAGACUAGUGACAGCACCUCCUGUUAAGAAGAAAAUGUGGAGUUGGUCAGCUUAUUUGGAGGAGGAGAGAGCAAUUGCUGCUCCCUUAAAACUUUUCAAAGAGCACCAGUCGUUUCCUCAGAGCAGGAAUGGAUUUAAAGUUGGCAUGAAGCUGGAGGGAUUGGACCCUUGUCACCCUUCUCUCUUCUGUGUUUUGACUGUUGCAGAGGUGCAAGGUUAUAGGAUUCGGCUUCACUUUGACGGUUACCCUGAGUGCUAUGAUUUCUGGGUAAAUGCUGACUCAUGGGAUGUGAAGCCGCCGGGCUGGUGUGAGAAAACUGGCCUCAAGCUAUUGCUGCCAAAAGGCUGCAAAGAUGGCGAGUUUAACUGGAACACAUAUGUAAAGAACUGUAGGGGUCAACUGGCCCCCAAACAUCUCUUUAAAAGUCUUAAUACAUCAGUCACGCCAUCAGGAUUCCGUGCUGGGAUGAAACUAGAAGCAGUAGACAGGAAGAACCCAUCACUUAUCUGUGUUGCAACCAUUGCUGCUGCUGUCGACAACCGGCUCCUCAUCCACUUUGACAACUGGGAUGAUACAUAUGAUUACUGGUGUGAAUCCAGCAGUCCAUAUAUUCACCCUGUAGGGUACUGUGAGGAGGUAGAGUUAACGCUGACCACACCUGCAGAGUAUAAGCACCCAAAGGCUUUCUCUUGGGAAAAAUACCUUGAAAAAACUGGAACCCAGGCUGCACCAGCCAGAGCCUUUAAACAGAGACCGCCACAUGGUUUCCAGACCGGGAUGAAGUUGGAGGCGGUGGACAAACGGAAUGCCAUGCUCAUCCGUGUAGCCACCAUCGCUGACACAGAGGACCACAGAAUCAAGAUCCAUUUUGAUGGAUGGAGUGAUGAGUAUGAUUAUUGGCUAGAUGCUGAUAGUCCAGAGCUGCACCCUGUGGGCUGGUGUCAGAAGACAGGUCAUCCUUUACAGCAUCCCAAUGGACCCAGAGAUUCUCCAGUCCCACCAGGACAAGGCUGCCCUACCCCAGGAUGCAACGGUGUCGGACACAUUAGAGGACCUCGAUACGGGACACAUUACACGGCGGUGAGUUGUCCAUACUCAGAUCUGAAUUUGAAUAAGGACGGGCUGGUGCCAGACAGACUGAUUGGGGAGAGACCCGUCACGCUUAGUGGACCCCCACGCCACCGCCGUGCUGAAACCCUCACUCAGAUACACCCUACCACACCCAGUGCCAGCACCCCAGAACCCCCUGACACCACUGCAGACACCUCUCUGCAAGUUCGCUCUGGCACUGCCCCCAAAUGUGCUAAACCACCUCAGGUGAAGCAGGAAGGUGACGGGAAAGAUUCUCUGCAGCAGCUCCUGCAUGAAUCUGUGUUCUGUGGAUGGGAGCCAUCAAAGUUUCAACUAUGCUGGGAAAAGCAUGGCAAACUGCUUCCUGAAGCUUUAGGCCUUACCGCCAAGAGAGUAGCCAAGUGGAGCACAGAGGAGGUUGCAAGUUUUGUGAGAGGGUUGCCUGGCUGCAGGGAGCAUGCUGCCACCUUCAGGAAGGAGCAAAUUGAUGGCGAGGCCUUCCUGCUCCUUACUCAGUCCGACAUUGUAAAGAUACUGAGCAUAAAGCUUGGCCCAGCUCUCAAAAUCUACAAUUGUAUCCUCAUGCUGAAGAGUGCGGAUGAGGAAUAGACUUGCUUUCUAUCAAACUGGACACAUGCAAAAACCUAACAGCAACCUGCUGCUCAUUCAAACAGUGUGUUUGAAGAUUCUUCAUGCCCCCAUCAAUGAAUCCAGCCCUCAUAUUACUCAAAGAGCAGAUAAACAUGACUCCAGUCAUUGGUAUAUUAGUGUGAUUUAUGGAAAAAUUUGCCAGUUGUACAGACAAUAAGUGAUCAUAAAAAUGACAGCUCUUAAGGCUGAUUCAGAGCUUUUGUCUUAUGCUAUCUGUAUUAAAUCCUUAUGGAUUUACAAACCAUUUUCACUUCAGUACUCAUUAACACGUCCCCGCUUUUCUCUGCUUUUGCUCUUAAUUAGGUCUGCUCGUUUGCUUUGUAAAUAGAUAAUCUGAUUCAUAUUAGACUCUUGGAGGGGAGAGUUUACCAUACUGAGGCACCUUAAAAUGCUAAAACUGGAUUCUUCCAUUGUUAAUAUUUAUGAUUUUAUGGUUACUGAAAUUGGUAAUUGUGUUUGGUGUUGGAGACAUGAACAAAAGCUGCAAUAGUGGAGCUUUUACUUGAAAUGUAAAAAGUUAUUAUAAUUAUUUUUCUUUUUAAAUGCAAAAAGACCAUUUGUAAUUGAAAAGACACUGACACUCAUCUAGAAUAACCCAAAUUAUCCUGUUUAAGACCACUAGAGGGCAGUGGGAGUGUGUGUGUGUGUGUGUGUGUGUGUGUGUGUGUGUGUGUGUGUGUGUGUGUGUGUGUGUGUUUGUACAUGUGUGUGAUUCAGAAUUUUGCCAGCAUGAGUGUGUGAAAAAUAUUGUAUAAAUGUAUGCUUGCAUCUAAUGUCAGGGAAUUUUUGCUCUGGGCAAAUCUGGAAUUGCAUGUCUCAGUUUGUAUUUACUUUAUGUAAUUGUAUAGCAAAUUGGUCACUGUGCUAACUUAACAGACACUGCAAAUAGAAUUGGAAAUAGAUGUGUGAGUGUGUGUAUUUUAAGCCUCCGAAACCCUGACAUUUUGCCUUGUUACAACCAUUCCUAAAAAAAAGUCACUAGCAUUGUUUUGUUGAGAUUUCAGUCUUGACAGUCACCAAGCUAAUUCUUUUUUACAUCAACCAUUGCUAUGGGCAUUUCACUUGAUGUUGCCAAUGACACUGUAUUCCACUUUCCCUGAUUUUACUGCAGCAUCUUACUCCUCUUUCAUUUACUUGUUUGGAUUUGCAGUGCUUUUCAAUGCUGUCAUAAUCGUGCAUAUGCAGGGUGAUCCAUAUUAAAAGGUUCUGAAAGGGUCAUUGGAUACUUAAAGAUGGUUGUACAAACCUCCCUGCAGUAUUAAAUAAAUAUAGAGCAUGGGUUACAGACAAUAAUAGGAGGGCAAGGGCCUAAUAAAGGCACUUUUGCAGGCUACAUUUGAUAUCUACUAGCGAGACUGAAACAAGCAAUGAUGAAAAUGUAAGAUUAUCUUUGGGAAAUCCUCAUCAGAGUAGUGUGGUUAAGGACAGGGUUAUGGUCAGAGAUAAAGCAAGUUAAUGUCAGGUUUGGAUUAUUUUCUUUGUGCGUGUGUGUGUGUUUGUAGAUUAAAUUGUGGUCUCUCUAAAAGCAGACUGUGUGUCAGAUUAUGUUUCCUGUUUUUUUUUUUUUCUUUCUUUCUUUUUUUAAUCUAGUCCUAAUCUAAUGAAUGAAUGGUUUGAUUGAGGGAGGAGAAUAAACAAUGAUUUCGA